AUGGAAGGCGGUCGUGGUGCUGUGCGGGUGCCAUCAUCGCCGUACCGAAGUGCUUCCGGUAUGGCGAGCACGUUGGGCACUGGAGCAAACAGAUUCAGGUCUGCAAGCCCCUCGAGGCGAGCUCUCGCCAUAGACAUGCGUCGCAUCGCCAGCUUGCUUCGCGACCCAGCUGGGGCUUUGCAAGGUACUGGGGAGAGCAUGAACAAUUCCAUCUGCUCCAGCCCGAACAGCGCUUGGGAGCCUGGAGAUCGGGGGGCGGCCCCUACUUCUUUGGGUGCUUCUGCUCGAGCGGCCAGCUUGUCCCGCAUGGUGAUGCAGAACCAAUUCACUGCGCUGGCGGAGAGAAUGAACACUGGGGUGUCGAGCCUGCAGCGGCAGUGUGAGGUUGACAGGCGUCGCUUGGCCCAGCUGGAGAAGAAGUUGGAGGCCCAGUUGGACGAUCGUGCUGACAAACAUGAUGGCCGAGAGCGCUGGGCAGAAGUGCAGGGAAGCGUGAACGGCCUCAUCGAGGAAACACAGGCUCUUGCUCGACGGGUGGAUGGUUUGGAUGAACGACUCUGGACGCGCACGAGCGGGUCGGAAGUUUCCAAGCAACGGAACCGGGAACUCGAGCAGCAGGUUCAAGCUCUGGAGCAGCAAAAUCGGCUCGCGGCAGCUGCCGCGGAGGAGACGCAGAAGCGACAGGCCACAAAGAUUCGUCGCGCAGAGCACUCCCUUGAGGAGGUUCUGCGACGUAUGGCCACCAUGGAGGACGAGGUACGACAAAAGAAUGCCACCCAAAGAGAUGGCUACAUUGAGGCCAGGGUGAACAGUUUGGAGCAGACGCAGGAGGCGCUGGACGCAGACAUACGCGCUUUGCAGGCCAGUCUGGAGGAUGGGCUCCAGAUACGCGACGCUGGGCAGGAAGGUGCCGACUUGCAGGGGGCCGACAUCUUCGAGGCGAUCCGCAAGUCGGAGAUGGGCCUUUCCGCACUGGACCGGAAGGUGAGCAGCCAAGUGGAGGACCUUUCCUCCUCCGUUGCCAGCCUCCGUGUCAAAGUCGACGGCUUGCUGAGCCGAGUGGGCGGCUUGGCCGAGCGCAUCGAAACGGCUCAUGAGCCGGCGAUCGAGUCACUGCGCCUGGAGUUAUCACAGGCCCGGCAACAGGAGCGACGCGAAUUUGACACAGAGCUGCAGACUCUCAAGAAUCGGUUGCAACAGGCACAAGAGUCCAAUGAAGAGGCGUGUGGCGAGCUCCGUGAGGCCCUUCGCCAGAGCCGCUCAGAGGUGGCGGCGCUGAGUUACCGGCCAGACAUCCAGCAGGACAACUCUUGGAUUCGCAACGCAGAGGAAAGACUUGCCGGACAUGAGCAGGACCUCUACGAGUUGCGAGAACGUCUCGAACUGGUGCAGGCAGAUGCCUCAUUGGACGGCAAGGCAGCGCUGAUGAAGCCCGCGGAGGACUUUGAUGACUUCCGUCGGCGGCUGGAGUGGUUGGAGGAGCAUGGUGCUGCUGCAGCAGACAAGUCCGACUCCAGCAGAAUAUCACAGGUCCAGAACAGCGUCUGUGACCUCGUGGAGCAGGUCUCAAGGCUCAAGCAGCAGGCUGCUUCUUCAGAGGCGAAUGCCACCUCCUGGCAGCAACAGGUGAAGCAGAUUCAUAGCCUCAUUGAAAGAAGACAGAGUGAGGAUUCAGCAUCCAUGCGCAUCACCAACGAGGUGGAGGCGAAGGUCGGGGCAUUGUCCGCACAAGUCGCCGACAUGGCGGCAAGAAUGCUGGAGGUGGAGGGCAACUUGGAUUUCGUUCGAGAGAACGAUUUGCCGGCCGGGCAGGCUGGCACGCCUGAGCGUGCCACGGAGAAUGAGGCACCCGGCCAACCUAGCGCACUGCAGGAGAAGCUCGAGGCUGUUGCCGAGCACUUGGAGGUUGUGGAUGACUUGUCAGAUCGCAUUGCGGAGCUUGAACGUCGCUUCAGCACCGGCCCGGACUUUCACCCGAUGGGCAGCUCAUCCCCUGGACCAGUGUCCGAGGUCAGCUUUGGAGGAGAAGCGCCCCUGAAGGUUGCAGCUGGUCCUGCAGACGCUGUUGCCGGCCAGCUGGGCGAGCUUCAGCUUCGAAUGGACGCCAUUGACCUGAAGAUGAAGUCUGUCCAGGAGGCUGCUGCGCUGAAGCAAAGCAAGCCUGAUAGGGAGGCGGAAGAGAAGCUUGAAGCAUUGAAACACGAGCUCAGCACGCUGACCUCGCGCCUCAGUGCUGCGGAGCUCCAGCUGGGUUCCGCCAAAGAGGCAGCUUCUGAGGUGGAGUCCCUGCGCAAGGAGGUUGCCAGCAAGACCGAGGCCCCGGCUGAGUUGGCGGCCUUGCGCUCGGAGUUUCUGGACAAGCUGGCGGAGUGCCAUGCGGCGCAGGACCAGUCAAAACGAUCAGCCGCCACGGCAGCCACAGAUGUCAAGGAGGUCCGGGAUGACGUGGUCCUUCUCUCUGAGAAGGUUGAUGCCACCCUAGAGGACCUGCAGGAAGGGCUGACAGCUGCAAAGCAAACCGUGGAGGCGGUGAUGGCGCCCAUUAAGCAGGAGCUGAAAGAACUGCGAAGCAGGUUGCCGGAUGCUGAUGCAGAAGCAAGUGCCGAACAGGCACUGCUGGAGAAGUUGGAAGAGGUAGAGCGGAAGAUGAGCGACAUGCAGGCUGCAACAUCGAAGGCAUCUGCUGUGAGCUCGGAGGCUCCCGCCGUGAAGGAUGGCCUUGAGGAGAAGCUCUUGGAGCUGCAGACAGCCUUCGCGAGGAUUGAGCAAGCAAAGCCUGACUGCAUCGAUGACACGGUCAUUGUCAAUCGGCUUGAUGCACUGGACAAGCGCAUGAACGAGGACCUCCAGCGGAAAGUGGACAAGCUCGAGAAGUACCUAGAAGAGGAGAUUGAUGCCAUCAAAGACCGAAUCAAAGAGGAGGUCGCGGGCCUGGGCAAGCGCUUGGAUGCUGCCUUAGCGUCAGUGCGUUCAGCGCAGCAAGACACUUCAAAGCAGGAGCAGGACCAGCUGAUGCAGAUGGAGGAGCUUCAGCGGCGGCUUCUCGAGCUGCCGGAAGUCACCGUGGCCCCUGCGGACUUUGCAGAGUUGAAGGAGCAAGUGAAGCAGGUGGAGCUGAAGGUCUCAUCAGGUCUCGGUGCGAGCUUCGUGCCUAGCUCUGGCGGAACCGAUGCUGCCGAGGACACGAAGCUUCGAGCGCAAGUCCAGCAGCAGGUCCAGGAGAUGGCCGCCCAGCUGUCCAAGGAAGUGGCCAACUUGGCGCAGCACCAGAAAGAGAUCGUUGACACCAAGGCCACAGUUGAGGACUUGGCAACGCAACUCAAGGCGCACUCUGCCCCAGCGCGGGACGUGGAGGACCUGGCAAGCCUGCGUACAGAAUUCGCCGCGCUGGCUGAUCGUGUUGCUUCGACCGAGACCAACUGCUCAGCAACAAAGAAGGACCUGGAGGCCCUCUUGGGCCCCCGCAACAAGAUUGGGAUCAGCAUGAGCUCUGGGAACGAGUCUCCCUUGGCAGAGGUGUGUGGUCGCCUGGACCUGCUGACGGAGCAGGUAGCAGAGCUCCAGAACAGGCAGGAAGACAGCCACACCGGAAGCGCUAGCCUGAAAGGAACUCGUAAAGACUCGGUAGCCAGUGCAGAUGGAAGUCUCAACUUCUCACUGACGGAGCAGACGGAACGACCAGGCGCGCCGGGGGACAGCCUGAACUUCUCUCUGACGGAGCAGACCGCCAAGGGCGACUUCUCUUCUUCGGAGCCCUUUGGGAAGCGACCCGCCGGCCCAGGCAUCAGCUUGGAGGCUGCGGAAGAGGACUCAGAUCUGGAUGAAAUCCUGUCCGCGACAGACUCCCCGCUUGGCGGAGUGCCGGGUCAACUGGCUGCAGGUUUGGCAGAGCUUGGCUCCGGGAAGGACAAAAGCGCCGACUCGAGCCGGGCGUCCUCGACUUCAGACGGUCCCGGAGGGCGGCCGAGACCCGCUCCUCUGAAAACGGAGGAGGAGAAGUCCCUCCCAACAGUUGCGGAGGAGACAGAACUUGGCGAGCCUACGCCAACUUCCAAGGGCAGCACUUCCAAGGCCAGCACACCAGGCAAGGCCAGACCGACCAAGUCGCCCGCUGCUUUGUCGGCGUCGGCGUCGGCGUCCGUGGACUCUCCGAUGAACGGCUCCGGGGCCUUGGAUGCCAGCUCGAGCCAGGUCAGUGCUUCUUGCAACGAGAUGAGCAUUGGCAUGGACUACAGCGUCGAGCUUUCGACAGAGCUCGACGAGAAGUGCGACUUCGUUGAGGUGGUGAGACCCGUCGCCAAGCGAGGAGCAGGCUUGUCGAACACUGUGGGCACCAUUGAAGAAGCCGCAGAGGAAGAGGAGCCCGUCCGAGACCGCAGCGCCGACGAGAAGUCGGUGAAGUUCGAGGCAAAAUCCGAGGCGACAAGCCUGAAAUCCGCACCGGACGCCUUGGAUGCCUUGGAUGCCCUGAUGCCCAAGGGAGAAUCGGAAGCCAAGGCGAAAGGUGGCGAUGCCUUGGAUUCCCUGCUCAGCUCCAAGCCUGGCCCGCCAAGCUCCACGCCCAGCUCCCCGCCUGGCCCUGGCAACGUCCUCUCGCCCAAGGCGAAGGAAGCGGCCAAGGAGGCGAAGAAAGAGGAGACGAAAGAGAAGGACGAGGAUGAGUACGCAGAUGCUUCGUUCGAUGGCAGCAUGUCUGUGCCGGAAUCCAUUAACGAAGAGGAAGGCAGUGGCAGUGAUGCUUGGGGCAGUGAGGAGGAUGUGUGA